AUGCCACGUACUAAUGCGACUUCGGCAUGUAUGAUUUGUAAAAAGAGACACGAAAAGUGUUUAAGACCUUCUGAGGGACAAAUUUGCACAAAUUGUGAAAAAAACAACCGUGACUGUAUUCCCGUUCCAGGGAACAAACGUGGACCAAAGCCACGCGGACUUAGAUCUAG